AUGGAGCAGGACUUCAGCAUAAACACACUGGUGAGUUCACUCUGUGUGUGUGUGUGUGUGUGUGUGUGUGUGUGUGUGUGUGUGUGUGUGUUUGUGUGUGUGUGUGUGUGUGUGUGUUUGUUAUCACAACUGUUGCUGGAAAUAAACAGAAGAUGUGGGCCCUUCAAAAUAAAGCGCUGUCAUGUCCUCUUUGUUUGUUUUUGUUUUGUUUUGUUUGUUUUUUUUAUGUUUUUUUUGUUUGUUUGUUUGUUUUUGUUUGCUGUUGUUUUAAAUUGAUUUGUUUGUUUUUUAUUUGUUAGUUUUUUUGUCUGUUUUUGUUAUUGUUGUUUGUUCUUUUGUUUGUCAGUUUGUUUGAUGUCUGUUUUGUUUUUUGCGUGUUUUUAUUUUUUCUCUGUUUUUGUUUUUUGUUGUUUGUUCUUUUGUUUGUUUGUUGUAUUUUAUGCCUUAUUGGGUCGUGUCAUAUUAAAUAUUUAUUUGUCCUUCUGUAUUUUGACUUGUUGAAAUGUGAUAUUUGACUUUGAAAGAAUCCUUUCAUUCACAUGUUUAAAUCAUUUAUCAUUAAUAGAGCCUCGUCAUCGUCUCUUAUCUGACUCAUCAUUUUAUCAUCUUGCUGUUUUUCUCACUUUAACCCUCGACUCUCCUAAAUCCUCUCAGUAAAUAUAUUUGAUCGUGUUUUGAACCGUCUUUUAUCAUUAAGUCUAUAUUUGUAUGGAUCUGUAUCCUGCUGUUAUGUAUCAGGUCAUUAUCUCGUUAAAACACGACAGUCUGUUUACAGAGUCUGAUUCAUAUGUUCGUGUUGUUUCAGUUCAGAGUCUGUUUAUAGUAAAAAAAGAACGAUGAGAUUUAUUAGAGAGUCAACAGAGUAACGAUUAAAUAAUGAUAACAGUUAAAGGAAUAACCAACAUAAUUAAACAGAGAACAGGAAUAUUUUAGAGUCAACAUGAAGGACCGUCAUCAAGUAUAAAAUAAUAUUAAAGGAAAUAAAAAAUAAACUUUUUUAAUUCCAGUCUUUGGUCCUGAUAUGGUGGGACCCUCCUGCUCUUCCUCUCCUCUUCCUCCAUCCUUAACCCCCCCCCCAUGGCCCUGAAUAAAGAGCGGCGAGCGGACAGAGGACAGUUUAUCCUCCUCCAACAAGCGCUGCAUUCAGGCGCUCAGUGCGGCCCGUAAAUCUCAGCGCUCAGCUGUCAGAUGUUCGUGUUUGAUGGGUCCACUUCAUGAGUGGGGUCCAGAUCCACCAGAGUUCACUGUCCAGUGCUCUGCUCUGACCUGUGUGUGUGUGUGUGUGUGUGUGUGUGUGUGUGUGUGUGUGUGUGUGUGUGUGUGCAGAAGAAGCUGGCAGCAGAGCCUGAUUACACGGACGUGUCUCUGACGGCGGCGGAGCGCGUGCGGGCUCUGGGGAAGAUGGGCUGCAGCGUGGAGAUCAACGAGGACAUCGAACCCAGACGGUACCUUCGCUCCGGCGUGGAGAUGGAGCGCAUGGCGGCGGUUUACCUGGAGGAGGGCAGCCUGGAGAACGCCUACGUCCUCUACACCAAGUUCAUCACGUGAGACACGACGGCGUCCUGAUGAGACCAGAUUUAUGCUGACUGUGCAAAACAUGAGAGAGUGUGUAACAGUGUGUGUGUGUGCGUGAUUGUGUGUGUGCGCGCCCUCAGGCUGUUCGUGGAGAAGCUGCCCGCUCACAGAGAUUACCAUCAGUGCAGCGUUCCUGAGAAACAGCUGAUCAUGAAGGUAAACGAGUGUGAUGAUGAUGAUGAUGAUGCUUCAUCAAUAAUCGAUAAUCAAUAACCUGUCGUGUUUUCUUUGUCUGUAGAAACUUCAGGAAGUGGCGUUUCCUCGUAAAGACGAGUUGAAGAAGCGUCUUCAGGAGAAGUACAGCAGGGAGCACGGCGAGUUCCUCCGAGCUCAGGUGAGUCUCCGCCCUUCACAGACAGAGCGCAACAGUUCUUACAAAGCUUCAGGUCUGAUCAUGUGACUUCCUGCUUCCUGCUCAGAGCCAGGCAGUGGUGACGGAUGGGUGUGGCCAGCAGCUGCAGCAGCUCUCCCUAUUGGAUGAGGACAGGAGGCGUUUCCUGCUGAUGGAGGAGGAGAAGCAGCGAGUCGCCGCGCUGAGACGGAUGCAGAUCGAAUCGGAACAGUUCCGAUACUUUGAGGACCAGCUGAGGCGACAGGAACUGGCCAAUAGGAGGGGAGAGGAGGCGGAGCCAAAGGUGACUGCAGGCUCGGUGUUGUGGUACUAUUACUGUGUGUUAGCAGAACUGUGAAGUACCAAGUACUUCAUAGUCGUAUUUAUUGUAGUACUUUAUGGUAUUUUCGUAGUAACACGUCUCUCUCUCUUUCAGUUGGACACCAAAGUGCCUGAGGUGACGGACGGCUCCUGUCUGACCAAGCAGCCAAUCAGGAACAACCUACGUCCCCAAGGGGCGGAUCCUAACAGAAACAGACCACCGGCUCCCAUCAGCCAAUCAGCUGCGACUCUGGCAGGUGUCCACAGUGAGUACCUCACACCUGAGACCAGUUUGACCACGACGAAGGUUUCUGUGUGCUGCACCUGACCUGUGUGUGUGUGUGUGUGUGUGUGUGUGUGUGUGUGUGUGUGUGUGUGUGUGUGUGUGUGUGAGCAGCUCAGAGGGUGGAGGGUCUGAGGAGGGUGGUGAUCCCCAGAGAUCUGACGUAUCGUUUCCUCCUGCUCGCCGACUCCAACACGGCGAGAGGGAUCGAGACCUGCGGCGUCCUCUGUGGACGACUGGUGAGACGGUUUCCUGUCUGUUUAAAUGGUCAUGGUCUCUCUCUCUCUUUGUCUCCUGACCGUUUGAAUGUCUCUCGCCCGCAGACACAAAACGAGUUCGUGUUGACUCACGUCGUCAUCCCCAAACAGUCGGCAGGUCCAGAUUUCUGCGACAUGGAGAACGUGGAGGAGCUUUUCAGUUUCCAGGACCAGCAGAACCUGCUGACGCUCGGCUGGAUUCAUGUACGAAUUCACAAAAACAAAACACCUCCUGUGAGGAGAUUUUAGCACAUUAUUUAUUCAUUUUUAAUAUAUAUGUUUAUUUUUUAUUUAUUUAUAUUUAUUUAUUAGUAUUAAUUUAUAUAAAUUUUUACAUAUUUAUUUAUUUUAAUUUUUAUUUAUUUAUUUAUAUAUUUUAAUAUUUUUUAAUAUUUUUUUAUUAUUUUUCUAAUUCAUUUGUAUUUUUUUAUUUAUAUUUAUUUAUAUUUUCUUUUUUAUUUGUAUUUUUUUAUUUAUUUAUUCAUUUGUAUUUAUCUAUUUAUUUACCUAUUUGUUUGUAUUUAUUCAUUUUUUUAUUUUUUGGUUUUUGUAUAUUUUUAUUCAUUCAUAUUUCUUCAUUCAUUUAUAUUUAUUAAUUUAUUUAUAUUUGUAUAUAGGUUAUGAAACAGACUUUACAGUGAGGUUUCUUUAACACCUACAACAGCAGGUUUAGUGUCUGUGAGCUCUGAGAGGAAACAGGAGAAGACGACGUAAACAGACCAAUGACAGCAAAGACAGGAGAUAUAACGUUGUCCACCAGGGGGCCCUAAAACCAGCAGGAUCAGAAAGUUCCUCACUGCAGCUGAAAUGUAUAAAAAUAUGAACUCAUUGAUUUCUUUACACAUUGAUCGGAUAAUAACUGAUCGGAUCAUUUUAAGGCUGUGAACUCCCUCGUGAGUCCUCACAGUGUGCUAAAAUCAGGUUUGUGCCACACACACCUGUGUAAACCGUGUGAUCUGGCGGCGGGUGUGGCGUUGUCACGAUGUCACAGCGCUGAAAGGACCGUGGUCACGUAACACCUUUAAAUAAACACAAACACACCUGAGGUCCUCAGAGCGAACGAGCGGUCGUUAACGGUCCUCACUCUGUAACAAAACCGAGGACUCUCACACACACACACACACACACUGACCUCUGUUGUACUUUUUCAACCCUUCAUUAGCAUGAUCAAAUAUCACCAUGGCAACAGUGAGAGGAGAGGGAGAGUCAGAGAUAGGAACAGACACACAGAGGUCUCACUCUGCAGCAGAAAUCUGUGUUUUUAUUCCAGUUUAUUUUUUAACUAAAGCACAAAAAAAAAAAACAGUUUUCAGUGAGUGACCUUUGACCUCUGUGGCUCUCUGCCUUCAGACCCAUCCCACUCAGACGGCGUUCCUCUCCAGCGUGGACCUCCACACUCACUGUUCCUACCAGCUGAUGCUGCCGGAGGCCAUCGCCAUCGUUUGCGCCCCCAAACACAACGAGUGGGUCCAACACACAACUGCACCUGCGCACACAAACACACACACACACAACUGCACCUGCGCACACAAACCUACACACACACACACACCUACACUUUGCACAUGAACCCUGUGUUUUUGUGUCAUUGUUGUUUUUUUUGUGUUUGUCUUUUGUGUUUUUUUCCCUGACUUUAUCUUUAGCUUUUUUUGUCUUUGUUUUUCGUGUUUUUUUGUUUUUGUGUUUUUUUUUCUGACUUUAACUGUUUCUUUGUGUCUUUGGUUUUAUUUGCUCUUUUUUGUGUUUUUUUGUCUUUUUUCUCGCUGACUUUAGUUUUUUUUCAGAGUUCGGUCUUUAUUGUGAUUCAAACUAAGAUAUUCAGUGUAAUUCUGUCGUGUUGGGCAGUGAUGUGGGUCUGCAGCUGGUCCAGAUUCUGGUUCUGAUACAUGACUGGUACAUGUCCGUGUCUUUCUCUCAGCACCGGUGUGUUCAGGUUGAGCGGCCCGGGGAUGUCGGAGGUUUCCGGCUGCAGACUGAAAGGUUUCCAUCCUCACUCCAAGGAGCCUCCGCUCUUCACUGUGAGAAACUUUCUGAUGUUUUAUCUGCUGAGAGUCGAUAAGAGAGCGGACCUUAGAUCUGAGACGACAGUUUGGACCUAAGUUCAGACUUACUGCUCCGCCCACUUCAGUACACCUUCAGGUAGAGGACUAAAGUGGACCACUAUCCGUGUCCCAGAUUAGGAACGAUUAGAUCUGGUUCUGACCUUUAACCUCAUGUACCAAAACAGUCGACAAACCCGUGAACAGGAGGCUCGGUGGUCGUUGACUUCCCUCCGUACAGACAUGAACGUGACGCUGAAGUGUUUGAGAUGAACUCAGGUUGAAUAAAAUAACAGUUGUUAGCCUGUUAGCCUGUUAGCAUCUGUGCCGACUGUUAGCCUGUUAGCAUCUGUGCCGACGUUAGCCUGUUAGCCUGUUAGCAUCUGUGCCGAAGUUAGCAUGUUAGCAUCUGUGCCGACGUUAGCAUGUUAGCAUCUGUGCUGAAGUUAGCCUGUUAGCAUCUGUGCCGACGUUAGCCUGUUAGCCUGUUAGCAUCUGUGCCGAUGUUAGCCUGUUAGCAUCUGUGCUUCACAUUCUCUCCCGCUCUCUCUCUCCCUCUCUCUCUCUCCCUCUCUCUCUCUCUCUCUCUCUCUCCCUCUCUCUCUCCCUCUCUCUCUCCCUCUCUCGCCCUCUCAGGUGUGUAAACACGUGUUGGUCAGGGACUCUAAAAUCAGCCUGUUGGACCUCAGGUGA